CUGAAGGAAGAUGCUUAACUGACUGAGCCACCCAGGCAUCCCUUGAUUUUUUUUUUUUUAAGUAAUUUCUACACCCAGCAUGGGACUUGAACCUACAACCUUGAGAUUAAGAGUUGCAUGCUUUACAAACUGAACCAGCCUGGCACCCCCUCAUAUGAACUUCUUUGACUCUAGAAGUUCACAAAUGAAAUAAGGAGGCAGGAAGGGAGCUGAAUAUCUUGAAUCUGGAAGUAGAGGUGGUCUCUCCUGGAGGGGUAAAGCAGAGCCAGGGGUAUAAGACCACACCCCCUUGGGGGACUGUGGCAGAGUGAUACUUGGGACACCCAAUGGAAGACUGUGAGGUCAGGGGCGGGGCUAGCUCUGGGUGGGGGGGGGGGCACCCAGGAGCCCCAACAGCAGUUCAGAGCAUGCGGUGUCCAGGAGGAAGCUACAACCGGUGAGUGGUUGCUUCUCCCCAGCUGAGACUUUCCUCCCAUUAUACCCCUUUUUCUAUCCACUUCCUGCCAGCCUGUAGCCUUCUUCCUGAGGUAUCCAAGUAGUAAUCCUCCCCCCGAGGGUCCUUAUUCAUGGUGAGCCCACACUGAGGAAUAUGCCUGCUGGGCACUGAAACACUUAGGGCUGUCUUUUAAUAUCUGGGUUCCCAGGUCUCUUCUUAAAAGCAGUUGUGGUAGUUAUGAUGUGUGAUAAAUUUCUGCCUUGUUGGCUCUUUCUAUUCUUUACUCUUGGCUUAUGAAAAACAAAAUUAAACCACCUCCUUAUCCUAAUCUGGAGAGAAAAUAGCCUCCCCUUCUACAGUUCCCAUUUUCCUUUUUCCAUGCUUCCUAAGGGGUCAAAACCUCCUCCAAAAUCUCUCCCUGUCCUUGAGUUGGGAGCAUUCUCUUCUGUGGCUUCUGCACCUGCUCUCUCAACCCACUGGAUGAGAUUUUCUUCUAGGUCCUCCUCUGAAGACAUGUUCUAGAAGUUUCAGCCGUAGGGAGAUAACCAAUUGGUGUCUUAGAGCAUGCCCUCCUGCACCCAUGACCUCAGUCUUACUGCCCUUUCUGCCUCUCAAGACUACUCAGCUCCAUGUGAUAGGGUGGGGGUGGAGGUGGCACUAGCUUCCUCAACUCUCCCAUGAAGCUCUGUCUUGUUCUGUCCCUAACUGCCAGGGCUGACGGGGGUCUUAUGGCGAUUUCUUUGGAAAGAAGAAAGCCUGGCGCACUCCAAGGUCUUUCCCUGCAGAAGAGCUUAGAAUAGCAGAAGUAUCAGCGUCUGCUCUCUUUUAAGUCAGAGACUGGCGGGACCCAUCUAUACUAGCCUUAAACUCACUAUUUGAUGUGGUCGUUAACUGCCUGGUCCUUACUCUCUAAGUCCUGAAUAUGGUCUAAUUUCCAUUCUCCUGACACCUCCACCCUCAGCUCCGUUAUGAUUCUGGAUAAGCUCAGGUCCUCUUUUGGGUUAGUUUAUUUGUUCCAUUCAGGACAGAGAGAGCUCUGAACCAGCAACUCAUUCUUUCUCCCCUCACCUCCACAGGCUUGAGAAUAUGCUGUUCCUCCCUCCCCUUUCCACCAUGGACCCCACACUAUGGCCUUUCUUUCAGAUCUUCUGAGAUUGGUACCCAGGCAAGGCACAAUGCCCCUGUGCCCGACAAGACUGCCUAGCCCCUAUUGCUCUGAUCGACUGGUACGGCUAGCAGCCAGGCUCCGGCCAGCACUAUGUGAUACCUUGAUCACUGUGGGGAGCCAAGAAUUCCCUGCCCACAGCCUGGUGCUGGCAGGCGUGAGCCAGCAGCUGGGCCGCAGGGGCCGCUGGGCUCUGGUCAAAGGCAUCAGCCCUUCUACCUUUGCCCAGCUUCUGUACUUUGUUUAUGGGGAGAGUGUAGAGCUGCAACCUGGGGAACUGGGACCCCUUGAGGAAGCAGCCAGAACUUUGGGGGUGCAGUCCCUGGAAGAGGCAUGCAGGAGAGCUCGACAGGACAGGGCUAGAGAACUGGGUACAGGACUCAAGGAACAUCAGGAGGAGCCAGAGAAACCUAUAAGGGGUUCUGAGAGAGGAUUGGAGGGACAUGGAAAUCAAAGACCAGAGAAAUUUGUUAGAGCUGGUUGGAGAGAACAAGAGGCACUGCAUGAGCAAAGGCCACAAAGAGAGAGGCCGGAGAGAGCAGAGGCAAUGCAGGAGGGUUCGAGGGAGCAGAUGAGAUCAAAGGAGAAAUUCAAGCAAUCCCCUGUUGGCCAUGGUGGAACAGAUGGAAAACAAGAAGUAAUUAUGUGGGUGACGGAGAGUCCAGGGGGCUCUGAGGAAAGUCUGCGGGAGUUCCCUGGCCCCUUCCCCCCACCAGGUUGCCUCCAAAGCAGCGUCGUUCCUAGGCCCUGGUGGGCUGAGGCCCCUUGGUUGGGGGAGGGCCAGCCUGCCCUGUGGAGCAUCCUGCUGUUGCCACCCAGAUACGGCACUCCCUUCUCCCAUAGCACCGCCAUCACUGGAGCCUGGCAGGAGGUCUGGCCACAGGACCAGAGGAAGGGUCUGGCCAGGAUCCCAGGUUUUGCCAAGGUUAACUCUUCCCCACCGUAUCCCCAGGAUCCCACUGUCCCUGAACCUCGAGAAAGGUCUCUGGAACCAGAACCAGUUGGGCUCCUCCAGUCCUGCCCCAGGGAACCUACUUCACUCUGCCCUCUCCAGGUUCCCUCCCCCAGUGCCCCACAAAACUCAGCCCUGGGGAGAUGGAAGAGUCUGAUCAGAGGCACACAGGUCCACUUGCCACCUGUGUGGGUCAUGUGUGUACAGCAGGCCCAUCACGCCAACAACCUCCCCCACCCCCACCUGCUCGGUCCAGGCCCCAUUCUUGUUCUGUCUGUGGAAAAAGGUUCUCACUCAAGCAUCAGAUGGAGACGCACUACCGAGUCCACACAGGUAGGGGCUCCCUGCCCAGUGCGAAUUAUCUGCUCCUUUCCAAACUCCGGUCUGUUUGCUCCUGAGUUCUUCUCUGCGUGCUUGGCUCCCACACAAUUCCCUUGCCCAGUCGCCCAGAUCCGUCCCUAGGCCAGCCUUCAUCCCCUUCUUUCUUUCACUGGCCUCCCCUUCCACCUGCCCUAGGAGAGAAGCCCUUCUCCUGUAGCCUCUGCCCCCAGCGCUCCCGGGACUUCUCAGCCAUGACCAAGCACCUGCGCACGCAUGGGGCCGCACCCUACCGCUGCCCUCUGUGCCGGGCCGGCUGCCCCAGCCUGGCCUCCAUGCAGG